GUGGUCGUGUGCGGGAUGAGCGCGGUGCUGCGGGGAGCCCUGCGACGGCUGCAGCCCCCGCGCCGGCCCGGCCCCCUCGGCGCGGCGGCCCUGCGGCCCCUCGGCAUUCAGGGGCGGAAAGAAACCUCAUCUCCUUCCUUGGGGAAAGAUAGAGCAGACACAGUGAUCAUUGGAGGUGGUUGUGUUGGUGUGAGCCUAGCCUAUCACUUGGCUAAAGCUGGCUUGAAGGAUGUUGUUCUGCUAGAAAAAUCUGAGCUCACUGCAGGAUCUACCUGGCAUGCAGCUGGCUUAACUACUUAUUUUCAUCCUGGAAUAAACCUGAAGAAAAUCCAUGCUUACAGCAUCAAGCUCUAUGAGAAACUGGAAGAAGAGACUGGGCAGUCUGUGGGAUUUCAUCAGCCUGGCAGUAUCAGAAUUGCUUCAACCCCUACUAGGGUGGAUGAAUUCAAAUACCAAAUGGCUCGUGCUGGUUGGCACCCAACAGAGCAGUACCUAAUCACGCCUGAGAAAGUACAAGAGCUAUGUCCCUUAUUGAACAUGGAUAAGGUUUUAGCUGGCCUGUAUAACCCUGGAGAUGGUCAUAUCGAUCCGUAUUCUCUCACUAUGGCUUUGGCUGCAGGAGCCAGAAAAUAUGGUGCCCAGUUAAAUUAUCCCGUCCAAGUGACUGAUCUUAACUCCCGAUCAGAUGGGACAUGGGAAGUUGAAACUCCACUUGGAAUAAUUCAAGCAAAGAGAAUUGUGAAUACUGCAGGCUUCUGGGCACGUGAUAUAGGCAAGAUGAUUGACCUGCCGCACCCUCUCAUACCUGUUCAUCAUCAGUACGUUGUGACAUCAACUAUCCCUGAAGUGAAAGCCCUAAAAACAGAAUUGCCUGUGAUUCGUGACUUAGAAGGAUCAUAUUAUCUAAGGCAAGAAAGGGAUGGUCUUUUAUUUGGUCCAUAUGAAAGCAAGGAGAAAAUGAAGCUGCAGGACUCAUGGGUAACAAAUGGAGUCCCACCAGGUUUUGGAAAAGAACUUUUUGAGUCUGAUUUAGACAGAAUAAUGGAGCAUAUUGAGGCUGCUAUGGAAAUGGUCCCCGUUUUGAGAAAAGCAGACAUCGUAAACACAAUUGCAGGUCCUAUCACCUAUUCUCCAGACAUUCUUCCUAUGGUGGGACCACAUCAGAGUGUCAGAAAUUACUGGGUGGCUAUUGGUUUCGGGUAUGGCAUUAUACAUGCUGGUGGCAUAGGAAAGUACCUCAGUGACUGGAUCCUUGAGGGGGAACCUCCAUUUGACCUGAUAGAAUUAGAUCCGAACCGCUACGGAAAGUGGACCACCACAGAAUACACAGCAGCCAAAGCAAGAGAAUCUUACGGUUUUAAUAACAUUGUUGGUUACCCUAAAGAAGAAAGAUUUGCUGGGAGACCAACAGAGAGAACCAGUGGGCUGUAUCAUUUGCUAAAGUCAAGAUGUUCAAUGGGCUUUCAUGCAGGAUGGGAGCAACCUCAUUGGUUCUACAAACCUGGAGAUGAGACUGGAUACAAACCCAGCUUUCGGCGCACAAAUUGGUUUGACCCUGUGGGUCGUGAGCACAAACAGGUUAUGGAAAAAGUUGGUGUGAUUGACCUGUCACCAUUUGGCAAAUUUAGAGUAAAAGGCACAGAUUCUGUUAGGCUGCUGGAUCAUCUAUUUGCAAAUGCUGUUCCAAAGAUGGGUUCCACAAAUAUAAGCCAUAUGUUAACGCCAAGAGGGAAAGUUUAUGCUGAGCUAACUGUUUCUCAACUGUGUCCUGGAGAAUUCAUGCUCGUAACUGGGUCAGGGUCAGAACUCCAUGAUCUGAGAUGGAUAGAAGAGAAAGUAACAACAGGUGGAUACAAAGUUGAAAUAGAAAACUUGACAGAUGAGAUGGGGGUACUUGGUGUAGCUGGUCCGUAUGCACGACAGGUCCUCCAGAAGUUGACAAAUGAGGAUCUGAGUCAUGGUUCCUUUAAAUUUCUUCAGUGUAAACAUCUGAAACUUUCCAAUAUUGCUCUUAUUGCUAUUAGGAUAUCAUACACAGGUGAAUUGGGCUGGGAGCUGUAUCACAGAAAAGAAGAUUCUGUAGCUCUUUACAGUGCAAUCAUGGAAGCUGGCCAGAAAGAGGGAAUUGAUGACUUUGGAACAUAUGCUCUGAAUGCUUUAAGGCUGGAAAAGGGUUUCCGAGCCUGGGGGGCAGAGAUGAACUGUGACACUAAUCCCUUGGAAGCUGGACUGGAAUAUUUUGUAAAGCUAAACAAGCCAGCAGACUUUAUAGGAAAGCAAGCACUGAAGCAGAUUAAAGAAAAAGGGCUCAAACGACGACUGGUAUAUCUCACCCUGGAAACAGAUAAUGUUGAUCCAGAGGGAAAUGAAAGUGUGUGGCACAAUGGCAAGGUUAUUGGCAAUACCACAUCAGGAUGUUUCAGUUAUAGUGCUCAGCAGAGUCUAGCUUUUGCAUAUGUUCCCACGGAACUCAGCAAAGUUGGACAGAAAUUGGAAGUUGAACUUUUAGGUAAAAAUUAUCCAGCAACCAUUAUACAAGAGCCACUGGUGCUGACUGAACCAACAAGAAUACGCCUUCAGAGAAAGGGUGAAAGUCCCAAAAUAUAAACUCAGAUGAGGAUAUAGCAAAUUAUGCAGUAGGAAAUAGUGCUAUUAAUAUGCAUGAAAUUAAGAGAAUUGAACUACUGAGAUUUGCUAAUUACUCAGCACAAGAUCCUCAUUGCCAUACAUCAGUGAGAAAUUCAAUGGUCUUACCCUCCUACUUCCUUGUGUGGGCUGUUCACAGUAGAGAUCUGAGCAGAGUUGAUGAACCAGUAGCAUUUGUGAACAGAAGCACUUGCUUCCCAGUAGCGUUUGUGAGCAGAAAGUGGCAGGGAAUGAGUAGUAGAUCAUUGAUUCAGCUUGCUCCCAUGCUGGCUGGCAGAUCUGCAUUAAUGCAUACAAGGAAGGUGCUCUUGAUACUGUCCAAUAGCAAUUUCCUCCUCCUUCUUGACACUCAACAGUUCCUCCUUUGCCUGCCCUCGGGGUAAAGUAGCUUACCCGGGCUUCUUUACAACACGAAUAGCAAACUCAUCAUUAAAAUCAUAUCACUAGUUCUCAGAAUGCUUCAUAAGGAAUUGAAAUACAUUCCAUCAACCAUUAAAAAUAAUAAAGGCGUUAUUAAAGGCAAACUGAACUGUUGACAUUUUUUCCCAGUGGCAGAAAUUCUCAUGGAAGAUCAAAAUCUAGUUCUUCUCAAUGAAAUAGUUAUAGGAAGCCCAUUCUUCAUUUUUCCACAUGAAUCAUCUGGCGGAUUACAUGUAAUAUUCUACAACACACAUGAUGUUAUUGUUCAGUUUCUGAAUAAAACUUAAAGUACUGUAUCAAUGGAUUUACUGUAUGAAAUCUGAAGUGCUAGACAGACGCCAAAGAUUGUCAGUUCUUCCUUUUUCUGUUAAUUAUAGAUUGAACAGCAGUAAGAGCCUUAUAUUAUUACACAGAAAUAUUAAAAAUGAAAAAAUAUAAUUAAAUUGACAGCAAAGGAGCUUUAUUGACUGUUCAAUAUUCAAUAACCUGAGUAAGCAGGAUUGGUGUAUGGUGGGAACACACUAAAUUAAUAAAACACUCUUCUGAGUU